AUGUCUGAGAGGACUGAUAUUGACGAUGAGGAGAAGAUCAACUACUUCACACGGCACCUCGUCGACCCAACUGAGAUCGCACAAGAGCGGUUUCUGUGCCUCGUUGUGGAGCGCGUUCGCGAGACAGCCGUGAGUCCGGCGGUACUGGGCUUGGUCGCCGAAGGCACACGUCUGCUGGACGUCCUCCAUUCGCAUGGGAUCCCGCCGUUCGACCUCUACGAACUUGGCCCCGAAAAGCGUUCCGAAGACUACGACAAGUCGUGCUAUCUUGCCAAGGGGGAUACAGAAAAGUACGCGGUCAGUGUCCCCCCGACAAGACCGGACCCAUUCACACGAGCUGUGUUCGCAUUCGCUUGGGAGAAAACCGGCUCCUGGCCGGCGUGGGCGUCUCCGGGACCCGAAUCGCUGGAAACUGGCGACUCAGAUAUGAUUCCAAAUGGGGAAGAAACCACUCUGGAUGCCCUGGAGCGGUAUGCGCGUCUAUGCGUCUGCAACAGGUUCGGCCAUACCUGGCGCGAGGACGACGAGACGCUUCAACUUGUUUCUGAAAUGGGCAGUAAGGGUAUGAAUAGGGCGAACCCCCAUGGGCCAAUUCCGCAUCGCUUGAGACAGUUUUGGCUGCUCUGGGAGCGGAUGCUGGCGCCGUGGUCGAUGAACCAGGUUGUCAAGUCCACGGGGCGCGCCCUGACUCUUGAUCUUGCCGUGCGGCUCACUUUUCCGCAAAAUCGACAAAGGCAUGGAGACACCAGACAAGAGAAUGAUGGAGGGGAGCAAAUUCCAGAAGACAACGAGGAGAAACAGGAUGAAGAUGAAGUGGUUGAUGAGUUUUUCCUGGAUGAUGACAAUGAUGCAGGGAGAAAUACCUCGAGCAAGGAAAUCAAAUAUCCAGAAGAUGCGCACCAGUACAAUCUCAACUAUAUCAACUCGUGGGGCAAGGCCAUUGCCGAGAACCAUUAUGCACAGGACCAGUUGCCCAUGCUCGGCUGCAUGAGACGGCUAUGGCAGAGGGACUGGUUCGAGCACAAUGCCACCACCAACACCCUCGUCAAAGAACUCGACCUCGAUGUCGACCAUAUCCGCAGAGUGACCCAGACAGGCUGCGACAUGCUCACCAAAAGACUCGAGACCGGCCCGACCCGACCAUACGCGGGCGCCACCGUUGCAGAGCUUGUGCGGGCAAUCGACGAAAACACGAGGGCAAACGCGCCGUACUGGCCCGAGCACAACUCGGAGGAGAGAAUCGCCGCCGACGCGGGCGCGAUGGAGAGGGACGAGGACAAGAUCACAAGGCCAGAGACGCUGCUGCGGCGUCCCGUCCCGUCUCAUCCGGAAAUCGCGGACCUAGAACAAAAGCUUGAGCUCACGGCCCCUUUGCCGGAGCAGUAUAAAGCCUUCCUGCGCGCCACGAACGGCAUGGGUCCGAUUUGGUGGAACGAGACACAGCUGAUCCGGCUUUUGUGCCCGAUCGCCGAUGUUGGGCUCGCUGAUAGCUCCUACUGGCCUGUCCCUAUCCAGCUUGAGCUCCUGCCCGACCACCACUGGCUUCAUCCUGCCAUCGAAUGGCCCAUGAUUCGCCGCUCAGUAAGGAUAAGUCAGGACACAAGCCACGAUGGGUAUGUUUUGUUGGUUGAGCCGAAGUUUGUCGCCGAGGCCAAGGCAGCCUUCUUCGAGGUUUACGACCCUCUGCCGGAGGGAGAGAAAGGCAUGCUCCGCCGGGUCGUCGAAGAGGUAUACGGCAGCGUCGACGCUUUUCGCAAGCUCGAGUGGGGGGUCGUUCUGUGGACUGCUUGGGUUGCCGAGAUGAUACCCUACCGCGACUUUGCGGCGUUGCUUGAAGACUUCGCGGUGGGAAGUCAACGCAAGAUGAGGCCUUGGUUGCGGUACUGGUAUCCGGGGAUUCGGAAGCUGGAUUCUUACUACUAUUUGCCGCAAAACGAGUGCGAAGAAGACGGCGAAGAAGGUACCGUCGAUAUUGGAAAGGGCAACUUGGUUGUUCAUGAGGAUGGCACGAUGUCCAUGGGCGAGAACGUCUAUCCGGAUAACGAGUUUACGAGGCCUGAAGUGUUUCACUAA